AUGCAAACCCUGAGUCCCACUAUGUCGUCCCUGGCGCACCGAGCUCGGCUCGCACAGCUCGUGGCCCCGCUCAAACGCGUUCGGCCGCGGGUGCCUUUCUAUAAACUCGCCGCACAUCGUGUUCCAACGCUAUGGACGCUAUACCGCGGUCUGUUGAGACAUUCCCCCACACUGGACAUCAGGUUUCGGAUAAGAAUGAUGUUCCGGCAAAAUCGCGCGAUUACUAGCCCUCGGACGACGAAGGAUGAGCUACGCAAAGGUCACAAGAUGCUUGACACCUUUCUGCAAGCAGAAGGAGGGAACGAACGGCUGAAGCGACUCCUUUCGCGAUACAGUGCCAUGAUCUCUGCUAAGCGCGCGAAAGCGCGCCUUGAAAGGGCCGUACACGAGCAGUUCCACGAAGAAUACCUACGAGCCACACGUCCUAUACUCACUGGUGCAUACCUACGUCCGUCACUGUACAAUCCUCCUCUUCCUCGGAUGCUCCGCCAGCCCCAUGCGCUGUCAAUCAUGAUCUACAAGCGUCGCAGAGCCCACGACGUGAGAAUCGCGAAUGAGAGUGCGAUGAAGGAGAGGAAGCUAGAGUUAAACAGGGAGAUGACGUUCGAGAGAGGAUUACUGGAGAGCUUGCAGAAAGGCGAGGCAUUCGAAAGCCACUUUCUGAAAUAUCGGAAUGAAUGGAGAGAACAUCUCAAUGCCCAAGAGGAGGCCAUCGCGAGAUCCUUCGAUCUUGAAAACGCCCGUCUGCAAACCCCAUUCCCGCCAUCUGUUCUAGACUCCAUCAAAGCUGCUCGUACCCGGAAGAUAGCUUACUACACCUCCAUGCGCGCUAGAGAACGCGCUGGAGAACAUACACCUCUUUCUGUGGAACGCAUGCGCCGUAUGCCCCCCGCGCACGUGCUGCAACAAAUGAGCCAGCAACAGAGAAUCAAUGAUAGGGUGGUGAGAAGUGUGAGCGAAGUGGGAUAUGUCGGGAUGGUGAAAGAGCGGGUUGGGGUACGGACACGGAGGCGAGGCCUAUGGAGAGUAUACGAGGAGGGGAAGGAGGAGAACAGAGAAAGGUUGGAUAGGAUGGCGGAAGAGAUCAGAAGAGCGAAUUUCGAAAGACAAGCUAAGAGCGAUACCGAUAGAUAGACUAUCCUUGGUCUGCGAGGACUUCAC